AUGAAGACCUUGUUCAUCCUCGCUCUCCUCACCCUCACGAGGACCAACGCUGUUGCGCAGUUGGACACUACCUGUAACCAGGGCUCCGAGCAAUGUCAGCAGCAGCAACAACCAUGGCAACAAUGGCAGCAGCAGAUGGACCCAUGUGUGCAAUUCUUGUGGCAUCAGUGCAGCACAGUGACACUGCCAUUUGUCCAGUCGCGUAUGUGGCAACUUAGCAGUUGCCAUAUAAUGCGACACCAGUGCUGCCAGCAGCUAGCGCAGAUCCCAGAGCAGUUCAGGUGCCAGGCCAUCCACAGCGUGGCUCAAGCUAUCAUGCAGCCGCAGCCCCAACAGCAAUGGCAGGCUCCGCUUGAGAUCAUGAGGAUGUCGCUUCAGAGCUUGCCGUCGAUGUGCAGCGUGUACAUCCCGGCAUACUGCAACCCCCUACGGCAUCCCCAUGGCCAGAUGUGGCGAUGGAUGGGUCUGUGA